AUGGAGAGCUGCUUGCUUGACCCUGCAAAGAAUGAAGUCCAGAGUUUGUGGCAAUAUCGAAGAGGAAAGGAGUUAGCAGAGAAGACUCAGCAUAUUCAAGAAUUAUUGGGAAGAUGUAAUUCCAAUAUAGUAGCUGGUCGAGCAAAUGUAUCAGACAUAAGACACCUUUCUCCACAAGAUUACAUUCAUUUCGAGAGUAGAGAGUUAAAGUUCCAAGAUCUUUUGGAAGCAUUACAGGAUGAUAAUAGCAAUACAAUUGGAUUACAAGGGAUCGGUGGAGCAGGCAAAACUUCAAUGGCAAAAGAAGUGGGUUACAAACUAAAAGAAUCUAAAUCAAUUGACAAGUUCAUAUUUCUUAUUGUCUCCAAGCCUCCUGAUUUCAAAAAGAUUUGUGGUGAACUUGCAAAAGGUUUAGAUUUGAGUUUAGAGGAAGUGAAGGAAGAAGAACUCUCAAGUACAAUAUUUUCCAAAAUCACAAAAAUGGACAAAAAAUUGCUUAUAAUACUAGAUGAUGUAUGGGAAAAGUUUGAUUUGAUAGAAAAUUUGGGGAUUCCAUCUGGCCACAAGGGCUGUAAUUUAUUGAUAACCACACGUAGUUCACAGGUUUGUAUAGAAAUGGGAUGCCGAGUGAUUGAACUAUGCAUGUUAAACAACAAAGAGGCAUUGAACCUUUUUGAAGCACAUGCCAAAUUAAAUAAUUCCUCUCGUGGUUUGAAGGGUAUGCCAGAAAAAAUUGUGGAGCAUUGUGGAGGAAUACCAGUUGCAAUUGUAGGAGUAGCUAGAGCAUUAAAAAAUCAACCAGCAACAGUUUGGAAGGAUGCUUUGAAAACCUUGGAAGAUCAUGUUGUUGAUCAGGAAUUGAAAGAGGCUUAUAAUUGCUUCAAGUUAAGCUACGACAACUUGAAAAAUGAAAAAGCCAAAGAGCUCUUUCUUAUAUGUUCUUUGUUCCCAGAAGAUUACCAAGUUCCUAUACAAGUUUUAACCAAAAUUGGUACAGGGUUGAGUUCUUCUGGGGAAAAUGACAUAUACCAUUUAGCAAGAACUGAAGUGCAUGGAGCUAUAAUGGAACUCAUAGAUUGCUCUUUAUUGUUGCAUGGGGAAGAUGAAUAUGUAAAGAUGCAUGAUUUGGUUCGUGAAGUAGCUUUGCGGAUUGGAGUCAAAGAUAUUCAGUCUUUCAUAGAUUUGAAAAUGCCUAUAAAAGAGAAUUUGAGAUAUUUGCUGUUCUGGAAUAAUAAUGAUUUUCCUACUAAGUUUGAUGGAAAUAAAUUGGAGGUUCUAGUAAUAUUUUUCAAUGGUUUAAAGACGUUGAAUGUCUUGGAUACAUUAUCCAAAGAGAUGAUGAGGCUCAAAGUUUUGGUUUUACGUAAUAAUUUUUGCAUAAGAACUUCAGCUCUAUUGUUGAUAAAUUCACUCCAACCAUUGAAGGACAUUCGAACACUCAUUCUUAGGGAUUUGGAUUUAGGUGACAUCUCUGCCUUAGGAAACUUGUUAAGUCUCAAUACUCUUUGGUUUAUGAAUUGUUCAAUCAUUGAAUUACCAAGAGAAUUUUGGGAACUCAAGAAGUUGAGAUCAUUAGAGGUUGAAGGAUGUAAAAUCAAGAAGAACAAUCCUUUUGAAGUGAUUGAAAGAUGCACUCAGUUAGAAGAGUUAACUUUUGUUGGUAAUGAGUGUGAGAAUGAAGAAAAAGAUGCAAUAUCUCAUAAAGAAUCUCCUCUUACAUUACAUAGAUAUCGUAUAUCAUCUAAGGACUUUUCAAAUCAUUUUGAGAAGUAUUAUGGUUCCAUGUCAAGAUGCAUUCAAAUAGAUGAUCAAUUAAGUCAUUUAGUCUCAGAGGCAACAUUUAAACAACUUGUCAGAAGAGCUGAACUUCUUAUCUUGGAAGGAGAGGAUGCACAAAGAAUAUGCAAAAAUCUUAUCCUUGAUAUUGUUGCAAUAGACAAGGGAGGCAUGAUGAAUGAUUUGAUUGUUCUUGAUUUGAGCUCAUGUCCUACCAUGGAGUGCCUCAUAGAUACUAACGAUCAUGAUUAUUUUGGUGUGGCUGCUUUCUGUAAUCUGGUUGGACUGCAGCUCUCUAAAGUAGGUGUUGAAGAUUUAUUUCGGGGUCCUCCACCAUCUGGCUUCUUGGAGCAAUUAGAGAUUAUGAAGUUGAAGGAGUGUCAUAGACUGAAGAGCUUAUUUUCUAAUGGCAACUACAACUUGUGUCAUCUUAAGUCCAUGGAAUUGGAAGAUUGUCCAAUGUUGGCGUCAGUUUUCCAACCAUCCACUGCACAAAGUCUGAUGAAAUUGGAAAAAUUAACAAUUAGGGACUGUAGUGCAUUGGAAUGCAUCAUAGUGAGGGAAGAUGGUGACAGUAAUCAAAAGAGCUACCAGGAAGCAUUGUUCCCAAAAUUGAAAAUACUCCAAAUUGAACGGUGCAGCAAAUUAAGGAUAAUAUUGCCAAUCCUAUUCGCUGGAGGUCUUGCAUCUCUGGAAACGUUAAGUAUAUGUUGGUGUUGGCGGCUGGAAUACAUAUUUGAUAAGUUCCAAGAAGGGGAAGAUGCCAUGCUUCCCUCACUGAAAGAGCUGGAACUUUCUGGAGCACCAAGUUUCAUUGGAAUGUGCAAAGAAUAUCACCAACUCAUGGGUUCAUCAAUGCAAAAGCCAUCACCUCCGCAUUCAAGACACAAUUCCAACAACACAAAUCAAAGUCCUGCCAGACGUGCUUUCUCUUGGGUUCAAGCAUGUUGUUCUCUCAAUAAAUCGAGGCCCGCCAGUGAAGAUGCCAAAAUUACCGUUUCUGAACAAAAACCGCAUGACCACACAAUCCCACUGGAAUUAGAUCCAUCCGUAUGUGGAGUUUUUCCAUCCCACGUAGCUCAAAGCCUUUUGGUGCAAUCAUUGAAGAAUGCAAGGGAAAUAGAACUAUGGGAAUGUGGGAACUUAAUAUCACUGUCAACACUAUCCAUUGCAGCCUCAACAAUUGCGUUGGAAAGUUUGACAAUCAGUGAAUGUCAUAAACUGAAGUGCAUCACAACGCAUGAGGGAGAUGCUCAAGUUGAUAAUAAUAAUUACUGUUCCAUUUUCCCAACACUGGAGAAUCUGGAAAUUGAGGAUUGCAGGGAAUUGGAAUUUUUAUUUCAAUCAGCAAUAUCCGGUGGUCUUCAAAAAUUGAAGUCUUUGACUACAGCGGAAGUGCCUAAACUAAUAUAUGUUGUUGGGAACCAAAAUUCAUCCGCUCAGAAUCAAAAUAAUGAGUUGCAUUUUGAUCUUCCUGCUUUGGAGAUCCUCUCCAUCGAUGAUGCACCAAAGAUGAACAGCGUUUGUUCCAAAAAUUAUAAAUUGGCGCUGUCAUCUCUUAAGAAUGUUCGGAUGUGGAAUUGCGGCAUUAAAUCUUUCACUGAUAAUGACAUGGUGGAUUGGACAACUACAGAGCUUUGUGCGUGCGUGUCGGGUUCAGUUAUAGGAAGGGACUUUGUUGCUAGCCUUAUGGGUCACUCGGGUUCCAUGGGAUGA